GGGAAUCCAUUUUAGCCCCAGGGACAAGGACUCUGUGAGGACAGAGGGAAAGAUGCAGCCCUGGGUGCAGCGCCUGGGCACCCUGCUCCUUUCCGUGGCCCUGCUCCUUUCUCCCCUCUUCCCUGCCCCUCAGGGUUCCCAGCUGCAGGUGUACAUGGAGCCCUUGUCCACGGCCCACGUGGGCUCGGGGGCCCUGCUGCAGUGCCGGUUCAGUGUCGGGGGGCCGGUGGUCCUGGACUCCCUGCAGGUGAUGUGGUAUUUCUGGGAGCAGAAGGUGUCCUGGUACGAGCAGGGCAGGAGCCAUGCCCAGCCCGGAGCCAGCCUGCCAUCGGAGAAGGUGCUGGAGAGUGGAGACGCCUCCCUGUCACUGGCCACGGUGACCCUGUCAGAUGGAGGUGUCUACCGGUGUGUUGUGGAAUAUGGGGCUCAGAAGAACCAGGGGGAGACCACCCUGCGCCUGCUCGCUGCCCCGAAGAUCUACAUCCCAAGACAACCAGCCGUGGCUGACACCGAGACCUCCCUGCUGUGCCACGUGGGGGGGUUCUUCCCUGAGGACGUGGAUGUGACAUGGCUGAAAGACAAGAAGGCCCAGGAGGGCUACACCCGCUCCAGCCCCCAGAGGAACCCGGACGGGACCUUCAACCUCACCCUGACCUACACCUUCACCCCUGCCCUCAGCGAUGCCGACAGUGUCUUCUCCUGCCGUGUCCGCCAUGCGGCUCUGGGGCAGCCACUGCAGGAGGACGUCUUCCUGGACAUCCGAGCACCGGAUCAGACUGGUACCGUGGUUGGAGCCGUCCUGGGGACCCUGCUCGGAGCAGGAGCUGCAGCUGCUGCAGCCAUUUACUUCUGGAGAAACAGAAGAAAAGGGUGGGCAGUCUCCUACAAUGUCGCAGAGGUGCAGGGGCCGGAGCGGUGCCUGCUGGGCCAGGAGGUGACCCUGCGCUGCUUCAUGGAGGGGAUGUUCCCCGAGGACGUGGACGUGACAUGGGCGAGGAUCCACAGUGAGGACAGGACGGUGCCUGAGAGCGCUGGGGACCCAGAGAGCCCCAGGGACCCAGAGAGCCCCGAGCACCAGCCGCUGUUGCCCGCCCUUCCCCCGGGCUGGAGAGUGACCGAGGAGAGAGCUGGGACCCGCCUCACGUCCUCCCUGACCUUCACCCCCACGCUGCAGGACGACGGGGUGCGGGUCCGGUGCGUCUUCCUCCACGAGGCCAAACGGAUCAGAGAGGAGCGAGUGUCCCUAGAGAUCCGAGUGUGGGCCCGGCCGCAGGUGUCUGAGAUCCAGGUGUUGCCAGAGUGGGACCCCCGCGACAAGGUGCCGUUUGCUGUCCAGCUCCACAACUUCUACCCCAGGGAGGUGCCCCCGAUCCAGUGGGGCUGGGACGGAGCCGGGAGCUGGAGGGAAGACCCCGCACAGAUAGACAAGAACACGGACGGCACGUUCACCGCGACGAGCGUCUGGAGAGUGCCCAGCCGGAGCCUGACCCGGCCGGAGCUGCGAGUGCGAGUGUGCGUCCAGCACGGCCCCGGAGAGCCCGCGAGCGAGAGAGAGCUCAGCCUGAGGGCCGCGGGUCUCCUGCGGCCCCCGGACGUGUCCGACAUCUUCCGGCCCGAGUCUGUGACCACGGGGAAGGAAGUCAUCCUAAGCUGCCGCAUCGCGGGGCAUUUCCUGGGGGAGCUGAGCGUGACCUGGCUGCGGAGGGGCAAGGGGGAGGACACUGCUGUGAUCCUGCGGGACUCAGCUGAGUGCAGGGUGGAGCCCGGCACGGCCGUCCUGGCACGGGACGGGAAGAGCUUCCAGCAGGAGACCAGACUCAUCCUCUUGUCACCAGAGUACCUGGCAGAAAAAUUCAUCUCCAAGUUUAAGGAAAAAGGGGCAGAGUACAUCUGCCGUGUGGGACACCUCGCCCUGGAGACCCCCAUCGAGAGGAGCACUGCCUGCCGUCCGCGCCCUCCGCACCUGGGGGAGGUCUCCCACCCGCAGGCCCUGGUCCCGGGGCAGCCGGAGACCCUGCGGUGCCUCAUCUCGGGGUUUUACCCCGGGCAGCUGGCGGUGACGUGGCUGCGAAAGGGAGCGGGAGAGAAGGCGCCCAGGCCCCUGGAGAGCUCAGACCCCCACAGGAUGCACACCCCCGCCCCCAGCCCCGCGCCGGACGGGAAGUCCUACAGCGUGGAGUCCGAGCUGCGCCUCCCCCCCGCGGGGCCCGAGGACGACGGGGUGGAGUACCUGUGCCGCGUGCAGCACGAGGCCCUGAAGGAGCCCGAGUCCAGGUCCAGCGGGCGGCUGCGGGUCCAGGCCAGAGAGCAUUCUCCAGAGCCUCGAACAGCUGAGGAGGGAGGAGGCAGCUGAAGACAGAGACAGUGUCACCAGCACCACAUCUCGUGUGCUCACCCAGGCGAUGGCAGAGAUGGUGCUGGUAGCUGGACUGUACUUGCUGGGCUGGGCUGGGGGAUCAACCUGGGGCUGGGGUGCAGGACCCAGGGACUGCAUCGUGCCUCGGUCAUCCUGGGUCUAUGUUGGUAGGGGCUGCUCUAGCCGUCUCCCACACACGUGGUCAGGCGCGGUGAGGAACCUAGGGCUGGGGGUGUCUCUACCUCUUGGUCCAUAUGGAGCCCAGCUCCAUGUAGCCCCUGGGCUGCUGCAAUAAAGAUGACAGUGCUGAUGCUCA